AUGGUGCUUAAAGAAGUCGCUCGGUUUUCGUUGCAGCAUCGUACGCUUUACUGUUAUUUAAUAUUAAGUAUUUGGAUAUUUUUGCUCAUUGCAGGAAUGUAUAAGUACAUUGGUUCAAUCGAAAAUAGUAAUAGUGUUCUCAAUUCAAAAAAUUACCUCUAUAAGAAACAGCAUUUGUUUUUGGAGCAACAAAACCAUGAACGAACAAAAAAGAUUGACGAUAGUGUAUGCAAUCAUCUUCACACCAUUGGCAUAGGAGAAGAGGGCGGCGUGCUGGAUGGUUGGUCAUUGCAGGGUGUGUUGCUUCUCAUACGUCAUGGCGAUCGGGGCCCGAUGACACAUGUACGUGGGAUUGACACGAUCGAUUGCAGUCACGAAGGAGACACCGUGCUGAUGAAGUACAACCACUAUAUCACCAAUAGCAGUUCCACAACUGCAGGGCAUUGGAUGAAAACUGGUCCGUUUCACAGCUUUCCAUUGCUUCCUUCUAGCCCGAAGGCUUGCUUGCUAGGACAGCUAACGCAAAAAGGAAUUGGUCAGUUAUUGCGAGUUGGUGACGUUAUCCGUCAGGCGUACGCUCAUUCAUUAUCUCUGUAUUCCCGAUCUCCGUCUCAAACCAGAACCACUCCGUUUAACUCUUCCGAUACGAACGGGCCCCCGGUUUACAACGCAGAUGAUAUUGUUAUAUUCUCUACUCGUUAUCGUAGGACAUUCCAGUCCGCUAUGGCCCUCAUGUUUAGUAUAUUGCCGCCUGAAAAAUGGCAAUCGUUGCAAAUUCAAGAAAGUCAUAGCUUAUCUUUUUGUUUCACUGACUGUGCAUGUCCCCAAGCUGACAAUCUAAAGAAGCAAUUGGAUAGAGAUAGCAAGUUGUCGUUGGGGACACAUCCUGCAAUCGGAGCCAUUGUCCAGUGGAUGGGAGCAACCAUUCUUCAGAACCAACCGACAGUUGGUCAAUCUAAUCCAUUAGAAGUUCGUGAUGCUUUAUUAUCUCAUAUUUGUCAUGACGCUCCAUUACCGUGCCGAAAAAUAUCUCUCAGCAUUCACGAACAACGCAGUCAUGCUAGUAGCAGCACUCAAGAUCCGCAGGAUGUUAUUAAUAUUGAUCAAGAUGAUAGUGGAAUUAUUUUUGCUAACCAUCAAAGCCAACUGACCAACACCGAAGAUCCGGAUGACGCAGAUUCCAUUGGUGAACAGGAACCCGAGAUUGAAGGAUGCGUGGAGAAAAGUCAUGUGGCCGCUCUCAUGUCUUAUACGCAGUGGACAGGUUUACGCGAAUGGAAAAGUAUUAAAAUGCACCAACAAGGAUUAUUAAGAGCAUACGGGUUUCUUCGUAAUAUAGUUGGGUACAUGCUGAAAAUGAUUUCCGGAGAUAAAGUUAAGUUUGUGCUAUAUUCAGGUCAUGAUAAGACGCUGGAAUUUCUCAUGACAGCUCUUGGUUUAUCAAUAGAAAGCCCUUUCAUCCCAUAUGCAUCAAGAAUGGCAUUUGAAGUAUAUAAGAGUGAUAAAGACACACAGUACUACUUUCGGUUAUUAUAUAAUGGAAAGGACGUGACCAAUGCAAUUGGAGUCUGUGAGGGCGGCAAAAGCUUAAACGUUCCUCGUGGUAUUAGAGGGGAUCGAGCUAAGCUUUGUCCUAUAGAAAACAUCAUUCGUUUUCUUCACGAUGACUAUUUUCUUCCUCUCAACGCUACCAACUUCAAGGAUGCAUGCACAGCACAAAAGGAUACAUAUUUUUAA